ACUACACAUCGUGGACAGAAAAAUGGCUAGCAUUCCUUGGACUGGCGUUCAAAACCAACCACCACAGCCUCCUCAGUGGGCCCAGACUUUCAGCCCAAGUGUCGCACCACAACUAGCAGGAAAUGCCAGCUGGGAAAUAGCGCGACAAGCGCUGGAAAAACUUGGUGACAAAUCAACCGCCGAUGGGGGAGGAUCUGUUCCAAGUACUGCCAGCUCGCCAGCUGACAAGGCAAGCGUGAAUAAUUCUGAAGCAGGAAAGAAGAAGAAGAGCCCCAAGAAUCAGAAGGACAAGCAGCAGAAGCAGCCAGACUCAACGCCAGAGAAGUUGCAAGCGCAACAGAUGCAAAUGCAGCAAAUGCAAAUGCAGCAAUAUGCCAACUAUUGUAGUCAGUAUGGAAUGAAUCCAUCGCAGUUUGGAUAUGGCUAUGGCAUGAGUCCACCAAUGAUGCCGGGAUUUCCUGGACAUCCUGGACAGCAGGACAUGUAUCAGCAAUACCCGGGCAUGAUGCCACCACAGGGUGGCUUUCCAAACCACCCACCACCCCAGAGGCCACCCUUUCCACCGGGUAUUCCCCCUCCCAACACACCCCCAACCCAGCAACCUCCACCUCCCCCUGGACCACCCGGCAACUUAGACCAAGGUCAACACAUGGAUAAAGGUAAUAACGGAGGAGUCAAGUCACAGGGUGGUGCAGGGGCUGCGAGCUCUGGUGGCCUGGGUCAGGGUGGUGAAAGGGUCGGCCUUGAAGGUGAAAGACCUAGGUAUGAUGAAUACUCUAAUUCAAUGAACAGACAAAAUAGUGCUACAAAGAGAGCCGCUGACGACUGGAGUUCUCCAUCUUUGAAACAACCUCCUGAUACUGGAGGUGUAAGAUUCAACAUGCGUAAGCGGCCUGGUGUUAGCCCAGGAGCAAACAUGGACAGCGACAUGCAGCAGCAACAGCAGCAGCAAAGAAAUCAGCAAUAUCCAAGGCAACAGCAACAGCAGUCACCUUACUGGCAGAAGAACCAACGCCAACAACAGCAGUUCCAGCAACAGCAGAGACAACGACAACAACAGCAGCAGCAGCAGCAGCAGCAGCGACACACUCCAGGUAGACAACAGGGACAACAAACCAGCAUCGGGCAACAGGGUGUUGGCGCGCAAGGCGGUUCCCCUCCUGCCAGUAUCGCCACCAAAGAAGCCGCAAAACCAAAGAGUCCCGCUCCAAGCACACCGGCUUCGCAAACGGACUGGCCCGACAGUUUGAAGGAAUAUGUACAGAAUGCUUUUGGACACUGUGACACAGAGAUAGAUAAAGACUCCAUCGAGGCUAAACUCAAAGAAGUACUCACCAAAGCAUUCACAGAUGGUUCAGCAUGGACAAAGGACUGGAAGAAACAACCUCUACCAACUGAGCUUUUAGCGAAUGAUCAAGCGAAUGCUCAAAACAAUGCCAAAAAAUCAUCCCGAUGGGAGACCUCGACCACGGCUUCUACCCCUAGCCAUCAGCCUCAAGUAGGCCAACGACCUCAAAACCAACAACAUCACAAUCAAUAUACUCCAAACCAACAAGGUCAUCAUCAGCAAAGGACUCCUCAGCAUAUGCAACAUCAUCAGAGUAAUCAGAAGUCUACUAACCAUGAUAGUCGCCACUCGGUGGCGCCCCUCAACACACGCUCAGGGCGAAGGAUUUAUGGGUUUGUAAGAGAACGGUCAGCGAGUCGCUCUAGGUCACGUACAAGGAGUCGUUCACGGAGUAGAUCACGCAGCAGAUCACCGUUCAGUAGGAGAUCAAGAAGACGACGAUACAGCGGCGACAGCGACAAUGAAAGCAGACACAGCCGUGAUCACAGAGAUGAUUUUAUCCCUCUACGUGGAGACUGGAGAGAGAUGCAGCUAGAGAAGGCCCAAGAAAGAGGGCGAGGAAGAGGAAAGAGUCAAGAGAGAGGUCGUGGACGGGGCAAAGGUCGUGGUAGGGGUCGUGGUUAUGAGGAGAACGAGACCAACAGGGGUCAAAGAACUCCCGUGAAAAAGACCCCGAAGGGUAGAGGAAAGCAACAGAGCGCCAAAAAGUUUGAAAUUGACGAUCCCCACAAGGAAGUACGGAUGCAGAAACGAGCUGCCCGAUUCCAAGACAUGCUGGGAGACCCCGCCUCCAAAAAGAAACAGAGAACGCAAAAGCUCACGCUACAAAUCGAUGGGUUUUUGCAUGGAAAUGGAGAGGAUGAUUCAGAGUGGUCUCUAGAGCCAAUAAUUGGUACAUCACAAGCGAUCACCAAGCAGUACCUGCGUCUAACUACAGCACCAGAAGCAUCAACAGUACGUCCUGUGUCCGUCCUCAAGAGAUCCCUAGCCAUGGUGAAGGAUCGCUGGAGGACCAAGCAAGAUUAUUCCUUUGUGUGCGAGCAGCUCAAGUCGAUCCGCCAAGAUCUUACCGUACAAUGCAAUAGAGGUAACUUCACUGUGGAAGUGUAUGAAACCCAUGCAAGAAUUGCUCUAGAGAAGGGAGAUAGGGAAGAGUUUAACCAGUGUCAGACCCAGCUAAAGGCUCUCUAUGCUGAAGAUGACAUAGAGGCCAAAAACCAAAAUGAAUUUACUGCUUACCGUAUACUCUACUGUCUGCUCACCAGGAAUACCCUCAGUCUUGCCACUGACUUGGCAAAUUUAAAUCCCAAGGUCCGACAGGACCCCACUGUCAAGCAUGCGCUAGCCCUGCGUUCAGCGUGGGCGUUGUCUGAUUACCAUAAGUUUUUCAAGCUGUACCGCUGUGCCCCAAGCAUGGCAUCCUACUUAAUGGACAUGUUUUUGGAGCGCGAGAGAAAAAAUGCUUUGAAGUCGAUGAUCAAGUCAUACCGGCCCAGUCUGGACGUUUCAUUCAUUGCAAGUGAGCUUGCAUUUGAGAGUUCCGAUGUAUGCAUAGAGUUCUUGAAAAGCUGUUCAGCUACAAUGAGCAAGAAUGGCACGUUGUUGGACUGCAAGCAAAGCAUGGCUGUCAUUGGCAGUCUAUAGCUGGGCUGAUUGGUGCUGUUGUUGUGGGGGUCAUAAGGUUGACCACAAUCUCCUAAAAGAAAAUCUAAUAUCCAAGCAUUUACGAGAAAAAGUCGAGUAAUGUCUCAGCGACAAGUGAACUUUAUAGAAAUUCAUGCUUAAGAGUACCAACCGUUAUUGCAUCCAUCUCAAACCCAGUUUUCUACCCAUUGCCUCCGAUCCCAGAAAUGAGGCGCUCUACAGCUAUUGGUGAAGACCCUAUCCAAUAUCUAGUGUCUCACACCUGGGUGGCUCUUUCGCUUUUGUUACUCGUCUCUGCAAAGCAAACUCACAGAUUUAUUUUGUCGGCGUGUGUUUUACCUUUUGGAUAAUGAUGGUCAGCUGUUGAUGGUACCAAGUUGUCAAGGAAAGACUACCAAAAGGCAAAUGUAAAUUUCAUCAAGUUUAUGAUUCUCUGGACCUUUUCCUUACUGUACUCCAAGAAAGUCAAAUAGUUGAUCUUGCUCUUCUAAACUCCCUCAUCUAGAAACGAUCUUGGCCAAUUUAUCGGGUAAUAACCCCCCGGAGCUUGGUGGUCACCUUUGAACUAAUUUAGAGUCAACCAAUCCCAACAUCGACGAGUUUUCUUCAACUGCCAAUUUUUGCUUUCAAGUUUGUUCAGCCUAUGCCCCAGAUAUUCCAGUCGUCUACACCGUUUCAUGUGGAGUUUCUGCCAUCUCUUUGGAACUUUUUUAAGAGUCGCCAAUCCCAACACCGACAAGUUCUUCAACUGCCAAUUUUUUGCUUUUGGAGUUUGUUCUGCCUGUGCCCAGAUGUUCCAGUCGUCUGGACCUUUUGAUGUGGAGUUUUCUGUCAUCUCGUUUGAACUAUUUAAGGAUUGCCAAUCCCAAUGCUGACUGGUUUUCUUCAAUGGCCAAUUUUUGCUUUUCAAAUUUGUCCAGCCUGUGCCCAAGAUGUUCCUAUUGUCUAGACCUUCUGAUGUGGAGUUUUCGGUCAUCUCCUUUGAACUAUUUAAGAGUCGACCAAUCUAAACAUCGAGGAGUUUUCUUCAAUGGUCAAUUUUUUGCUCUCAAGUGUUUUCAGCCUGUGCCCAGAUGUUCCAGUCGUCUGGACCUUUUGAUGUGGAGUUUCUGUCGUCUCUUUUGAACUUACUAAUAGUCAUCGAUCCCAACAACGACAAGUUUUCUUCAAUGGCAAAUUUUUUGCUCUAAGAUUGUGCAGCCUGUGCCGAGAUGUUCCAGACGUCUGGACCUGUUGAUGUGGAGUUUCUACCGUCUCUUUUGAGGAAGGUGGUUUAUGCGGAGGAAGAUGUACAAGCUCCUUCGUGUGUGUGUGCAGACAACAGGGACUGAGUAUCGUCUACCAUCUCCGAUGUAUCAUGGUGUUCCUUCGUCGUCUGAAAUCAUCGUUCGCCAAUGUCAUGAUGUCUUCUUCAUCUUCUAGUUUUUAUUUUUUUGUUAAGAUACAAUUCAGCUUACUGUUUCAACUGUUUUAUUACAACUAAAGUGAAACAGAGUCACACUAAUAUUUUCUUUUAUUUUAUUUCCAGAAGGGUAGACGUCACAAGAUAAUAAUUGUGUUGUCUUGAAAUGACCUGUUAACCUUACAAGAUAAUAUGAUUUGUUUUUCUUUCUUGAAAUGACCAGUUAACCGUAUUAUUAAUGUGCAUUCAAGUGCUUUCAAUUGAGUAUGUACUGUCUUCCUCUUUUUCAUAUUAUUGACUGUUGUUGUUAAUUAAUGAUAAAGCCUGGUUUCUAUACAUAUCUGUUAUCACAGUAUCAAUUGAUGUGAAAUGAAGGUAUCAGAAUGUGUUAUGCUUAUUGUCACAAAUGUGUUAAAGACUUUUAAGCUUUUUGUCUUAAAUGUGUUCAAGACUAGAUUGAAAGACCCACUGGUCUCUUCUGUCAAUAGACCUUACGCAUUGAUGUCAUCAAGCAACCAUUUUUUAAGGUAAACUGAUGAUGAAAGAAUGGAAAUAUCUUUGUAUGGCAACGCACAGCGUUAACCAAUGAAUGGCCACCGUUUGACCGAGGGCGCCCUACUCAAAUGACAUCAUGUGCAUAAGGUCUAUUUAACUCCACACUUCUUAUCAUGGUCAGGUGUGCAACUUCUCAACUGAUCUCAGCUAUGCCAGUGAAAUCUUAAAAAAAAAAAAACAGUACAAUGUCUAACUGCCUGGCAGACCAUUUUCAUCUUGCAAGAACAUUUAGUCCUUUGGAAAAUAAAUGGGAAAUUUUGGAAAGGCAACCAAUGCCAAGACCAUACAAUAGAAGCGUUCAGUUGCUGUGUUACAGUUCAUGUUGUAGUUAGUCAGUAUGAAUUUCUUAUGGUUUAUUGAUGAUGCUUAAAGGUGCUCUAUCUCAUGUAGCUGCUUGGACAUGUAAUUACAUGUACACACAUUUUUAAAAAUCUUCCUAGCACUGCCAUCAAUAUGCUGCUUUGACUUCUUGGCACUGGUUGUUUAGAGAGUGACUGCUCUUUGUUUCAGCACCACUGUGUUGUGAGAAGCCUCUGUUCUGACACUUUUAUGUUUCGACAAAACACCUUGAUAUCUACUUGCUAUGUUUAGGGUUGGGAACAUACAUUUUAUGAUUUGUAGGGGUGUCGGAACAUAGGGUUAUCAGAACAGGUGUGCAACCAUUUAGAGUUGGACAUGAAGCCCGAAGAGAUUGUACACUACUGUUACUUUAUCCAGAAGUGCCAUGUGCUAUCUCAUUAUCAUAAACUUGUUUUUCUGCUGUACAUGUCAUUGAAGUUGAGAACGAGUUUCCAAGGUUUCGGGUUUCGACUCACGCAAACAAGUUUUAGUUAUGGCAAAAUAUGGCUGCAUUUACCAAUCAUUUACAAGUAGUGUACAAUUCCUGCUGUUAAUAUACAUGAUGCACUGUUCGUUUCGACUUAGGAAUUUAUAUUCAUUACUGUCUUUAGAUUGCUAUGUUUUUGUGUACACGUUGCUCGUUCAUCAAACCUCAACAGUUAACUGAUGAUGUGUUCUGUUUUUAAUUGGAAACACAGUUGAACUUGUGUUGGAUUUCACGUACUUGAAGAGCUGAACAAUAAUGUACACUUCAUUGGCAUGCAUAAUUUUUAAUCUGGAACUUCAACCUUAUUCUUUAUAUGAUCAUGCGUAAAUAGUGUAAGAAUAUAAUGUGCCUGAGGCUGAUGUAUAGUUUUCAUGGAUAAGUUAAACUUGUAGUGCAUGGAUUCUAAGAUUUGUUGGGUUCAGUGCAACCCUCCUCAAUAACAUUGACUGUUUUCACUCACAUGCUUUGUGGAUUGUAAGUACAUAAUGAAGGAGCUUUGACUUGACAUUACUUAUACUGUGUAAAGAUUGCAAGAACAUUUAGUCAAAUGUACAGUAAUUAAAUAUAGGUAAUUCCUUUAAGAUUCCAUCUUAACAGGCAACUUGGGUGUGGGGUUUGUCCUUAAUUUUAUAUUUCAAAACAUGCAGUUAAUAUGUACAUGUACACUGUACUAUGUACUUUUGUGCAAACACUUAGGACCAGGGCCCAAUUUCAUAGAGCUGCUUAAGAAGCUCAAAUCGUAGCUUAGCACAACACGAUUAUGCUUACCAGAAUAAGGGUAACAGUCAAAAUACCAUCCAACAUGUACCAGUUGUAACUGGUAUCCUGCAAAUUUUUGCUGAGCAGAAAUAUUUUAAGCUCUAUUUGCUGUUUAAGCAGCUUUAUGAAAUUGGGCCCAGCUAACGAGAGGUGAGUUUCUCCAAAGUAAGCAUCGUUUGUCGUCAUCAUCAUCAUCAUCAUCAUCAUCAUCAUCAUCGUUAUCUUCUGCGCCAUCCUUGAAGACACCGGAAUGAUGCUCAUUCUCUACCUGGAACGACAGGAGUGUUUUAUCUAGAACUUAUGAAAUAAAAGGAGAAGGUGUACAUGUAUUGGAAUCAGCCAGUACACCAAUUCAACAACUUCUGUUAUCUCUGCGUCUACUCUAAGGAAUCUGGAGUCAUCCCUGUUGUGAACUUUGUGCAUGCAGUAGUACAUACUAUAGACAUCGGUUCUCACUCAUUGUGUUAAUUUCCUAGUGGUUUAAGUUUUUAGUACAUGUAUUUGUUCAGGUAUCAUUACUCGUUGCGUUACUUUCUGAGUGGUUUUCGGUUGUCAGUAUUCUUUGUAUUGGGUAGAGACUCAUAAUUUUAUAUAGGUUGUCUGUUAUUCGUAUUUUUGGAGAUAGAAAGCAAACUCUGAGGCAACUACUGAUGUAAGUGCUUAUUCCGAUCAGAGCGCUUUGUACUGAAAAGAAUGUUCUUGCAGUCCUUACUUGUAGGGUAUAAACUUAAAGUCUUUUAGAUUAUUCUAAGAUUUGGUACAUGUAUAUUUAUAUUUCUAUAGAAAGAGACGGAGACAUGUAGCAGAUCUGUGCAUUCUCGUUUGAUUGAUUGUUGAGGUUAUCUCUUAAAACCUUUCUGUCGAUUCAUUAGUACUACUGUAUAGACUUAAGCACAAUUGUUUCCCUUAUCACAAAAACUCCAUUGACUUGUCAAAUUGCUUAGCUCUAGAACAACAAUUGCAGUAAGUAUGAAAGUUCUUAAAUAUUCGUGCGAGACAUGCUGGUCUCUUUUUUCCCCCUUUUUCUUCUUUUUAAAGUCAUGAAUGACUUAGGAGAUGGUUUGAUGUUGAAAUGGGUGGACAAUUUAAAGAACAAGUUGUGUAAAAUAUACCACCCUCUUCGAGAGAAAAAAAACCACAAUUUGUUUAGCAAUCAUUGAAACCAAAUUGUUUAUGCUGAAUCUGUAUAGAGUAGUCAUUGUAUUUAUUUAUUUUUUUACUACAAGCUUAAAGUAACCAAGUCUGUUUUUCUGCUCACUGUUCUGGUGAUUAACUCGAUUGAAUUUCUUGACUAUUCAUGAAACUCGCCUUACAUAUUUCAAUGAGCUCAUAUUUAUAGAGGUUUUAUGUAAAUACAAAAAGUGGUAAAGCAAAGAAUGCCACCAUUGUUCAGCUAAUAAUGACCUGGGCUUCAUUAACUCUCUUGAAUAAUGAUAGAUUUUUUGCAAACAUUUGUAAGUAUAAAUUAUUAAUAUUGUACUUUGUAAAUAAUGCAAGGCGUUACUGAAUAAAGCUUUUACGGAAAGAAUAGACAACAAA